AUGGGUAACUUGAAAAAUCUUGGGCAAUUGGAUAUUUCAGAAAACAAACUUUCUGGAAAAAUCCCAAGCAGUCUUGGUGAGUGUCUAGUGUUAGAAGUCCUGCAUAUGGAGGGUAACCUUUUUGAGGGUACUAUUCCAUCCUCUUUUCAGCAAUUAAAAGGAAUUCGAGACCUAAAUCUUUCUCGUAAUAGUUUGUCUGGACGGAUUCCAAGCUUUCUAGGCGAGCUCCGAUUGAUUGAAUCUCUAGACCUUUCAUAUAAUAAAUUUGAAGGUGAAGUUCCAAAUGGCGGAGUGUUCAUGAAUGUUAGUGCAUUUUCAAUUGUGGGAAAUGACAAACUUUGUGGAGGAAUCAAGGCACUGGAAUUGCCCGCAUGUCCCACACAAAGGGCAAGAAGGCCUUUUGCCCGUAAAGUGAUAAUUCUUGUGACAAGUAUCACUCUAUCUACAAUUUUGUUGAUAGCAUGUGCUUUUGCUCUUUUUUAUCUGAUGAAAAGGUCAAAACUCAAGUCUUCUGCAGAUUGUCCAUUGGGAAAUCAGUACCCAACACUCUCUUAUGCAGAACUCCAACAUGCUACCAACGGAUUCUCUUCAUCCAACUUGAUUGGUGCGGGGAAUUAUGGUUCUGUUUAUAAAGGAAUUCUCAACUCCGGUGAACAAAUUGUUGCUGUGAAGGUAUUCAACCUUCAACUACCUGGAGCCAACGAGAGCUUCUUGGCUGAAUGUGAAGCGUUGAGGAAAAUUCGCCACCGCAAUAUGGUCAAGGUCAUAACAUGUUGCUCAAGCAUGGACUUCAAAGGAAAUGAGUUCAAGGCUUUGGUCUUUGAGUUCAUGCCAAAUGGGACUUUAGAGAGCUGGUUACACCCAAUUCAAUCUGAGCAGCAGCAUCCAAAGAGCUUGGAUUUCAUACAAAGGCUAAACAUUGCGAUUGAUGUAGCAUCUGCAUUGGAUUAUCUUCACCAUCAUUGUGAAACAACAAUCAUUCAUUGCGAUCUAAAGCCAAGUAAUGUUCUUCUUGACAAUGAGCUCUGCGCUCAUGUGGGUGAUUUUGGGGUAUCAAGGUUUCUUGGAGCCGUGAGAGGUAAACCCAGCUGUUCGCAAUCUAGUUCUUCAAUUGGGAUUAGAGGAACAAUUGGUUAUGUCGCGCCAGAAUAUGGUAUGGGUGUGGACUUUUCAACCCAAGGUGACAUAUACAGCUAUGGUAUUCUCUUACUGGAGAUGUUUACGGGACAAAAGCCCACCAACAACAUGUUUACUGAAAGGAUGGUGCUGCCAAGUAGAGUGUUGGAGGUUAUCCACUCUUUAUUCUUAUUGGAAGAGGAAGAUGUGAUCCUCCGUAUUGGAGUCAUGUGUUCUUCUGAAUUGCCGAGAGAACGGAUGGAUAUUAGGGAUGUUCUAAUGGAACUCCACAAGAUCAGAAACACAUUUCUGAGAAGAAGCUAAUGUCUAUAGAAAGGAGACGGAUCAAAAACACCUUUUUAAUCAUCAAAUGUUUAAUC